AUGAGUCCCGACAUUCAAAAUGAGAUUUUGAAGUUAUUGUCUCACACCGUAUUAUGCCUUAUUCGGAAACAGAUUGGGAAUAAUGCCUUUGCAAUUAUUGUUGAUGGCACACAAGAUAUAUCUGGUCAAGAACAAGAAAGUUUCUGUAUCCGCUAUGUUGAUGAAGACUUGUACCCACAUGAGGACUUCAUAGGCUUAUAUCAAGUUGAUGAAACAAGUGGAUCUGCAAUCCCACAGAUCGUCAAGGAUGCUUUAUGCCGUAAUGGGCUUU